GGGAAGAACGAAGAACAUUCAUUCAGCCAAACAGACACAUUAAAUCCGUACGGGACUUUUCGGAGUUGUAGAAUCAAGGUCCAAAUUUAGAAUAACAACUGUGUCACUGAGCUGCCUGGAUAUCUAGCUGAACAUGGCUGAUGCUGGUGAAGUUUUGAUGUCGGUGCUGUCCACAAUUCGGGUUCCGAAGCCCGGCGAUCGGGUCCACAAAGACGAAUGCGCCUUGUCAUUUUCCUCGCCGGAGAGUGAAGGAGGCCUGUAUGUGUGCAUGAAUAGUUUCUUGGGCUUUGGGAGCAGGUAUGUGGACAGACACCACGCACGGUCUGGUCAGAGGGCUUAUCUGCACAUUACUAGGAUUCGCAAGACAAAGAAAGAUGACGAUAGUAACUCUGGAUCUGGACACCCACCAAAGAAGAAGCCCACGAGAUUGGCGAUAGGAAUUGAAGGUGGUUUUGAUGUGGAGCAGGAGCAUUACGAGGAGGAUGUAAAGGUGGUUAUCCUACCAGACAGACUCGAAGUGACGUCAGAUGACCUUGCAAACAUGCCGGAUGUCGUGAAAGAAAGGGUGUCCUUGUCUAUGGCAGGUAUCAUGGCUGCAGACUCAGUGUCUCACACCUUGCAAGUUCAGCAGUGGGACGGGGAGGUGAGACAGGAGUCCAGGCAUGCAGCUGACCUCAAACAACUCGACAAUGGAAUUAAAAUUCCUCCUAGUGGCUGGCGGUGUGACGUGUGUGACCUCCAGGAGAACCUCUGGAUGAAUUUGACGGAUGGCAGAGUGCUCUGUGGUCGCAGGUAUUUUGAUGGCUCUGGCGGCAACAACCACGCCUUGCUCCACUACCAGGAGACAGGCUACCCGCUUGCCGUAAAACUGGGAACCAUCACUCCAGAUGGAGCAGAUGUGUAUUCGUAUGAGGAGGACGACAUGGUCCUGGAUUCUAAGCUGCCGGAGCAUCUGUCUCACUUUGGGAUUGACAUGAUGACCAUGGAGAAGACUGAGCGAACUAUGACCGAGCUGGAGAUCGCUGUGAACCAGCGCGUUGGCGAGUGGGAAGUGAUCCAAGAGUCUGGGACAACCCUACGUCCCCUCUAUGGUCCCGGCCUCACAGGGAUGAAGAACCUGGGCAACAGUUGCUACCUCAACUCUGUCAUGCAAGUGCUCUUCACCAUUCCAGACUUCGAGGAAAAGUACGUGUCAAACAUUGACAAGAUAAUUGACGAUGCACCGAGUGACCCUACUCAAGACUUCAAAACUCAAGUAGCCAAGCUUGGUCACGGCCUGUUGUCCGGAGAAUACUCCAAACCUGCUCCGGACCCCGGAGAUGAGAACAGUGCGCCAGAGCCCAGGGGAGAUCAAGUGGGCAUCGCCCCCAGAAUGUUUAAAGCGCUUGUUGGGCGAGGUCACCCAGAGUUCUCCACCAACAGGCAGCAAGACGCUCAAGAGUUUUUACUGCACUUCAUCAACAUGGUGGAGAGGAACUGUCGCACCGGCUCCAACCCGUCUGAGGCCUUCAGGUUCCUAGUGGAGGAGAAGAUUGUGUGUCAGCAGUCGCAGAAGGCAAAGUACACACAGCGGGUGGACUACAUUGUCCAACUCCCCGUGCCCAUGGACCAGGCCACCAACCCAGAGGAACUUCAGGAGGCGGAGCAUCGGCGUGAGCAGGGCGACACCUCAGCCCCCACAGUUCCUGCACAGAUCCCCUUCACAGCCUGUAUGGCUGCGCUGAGUGAACCUGAAAUCCUCACUGACUUCUGGAGCUCAGCUGUCCAAAUGAAGACAACUGCUACCAAAACGACCCGCUUUGCUUCAUUCCCUGAUCAUCUGGUUAUUCAGAUUAAGAAGUUUACUUUUGGUCUUGACUGGAUCCCCAAGAAACUUGACGUGAGCAUCGACGUUCCGGACACGUUGGACCUCAGCGCCCUCCGUGCGAUGGGUCAGCAGCCUGGAGAGGAGCUUUUACCAGAGGUGGCCCCGCCCCCACUCAUGACCCCAGAUGUGGAGGUUAAAGGUAUCCUGGGUUCCCACGGCAACGAGGAGGACGACUCGCUCUACUCCCCUCUGCUGUCCCCAGUUCUGGAUGAUGCCACAGUGUCUCAGCUGUGUGAGAUGGGAUUCCCGAUGGAGGCGUGUAGGAAGUCUGUUUACUACACUGGGAACACUGGAGUGGAGUCUGCCAUGAAUUGGAUCAUGGGACACAUGGAUGACCCAGACUUUGCAUCCCCGCUGGUGUUGCCGGGCUCCAGUUCUGGUGCUGGAACCACACCGACUGAGAGCGCCUCUGAGGAACAUCUAGCAGCCAUCGUCAAUAUGGGAUUCAGUCGAGACCAAGCCACCAAAGCACUUAGAGCCACGAGUAAUGUCCUGGAACGGGCAGUGGACUGGAUCUUCUCACACCUGGACGACCUUGAGUCCAUGGAUGUUUCUGAAGGAGGCCGGUCUGCAGCGGAGAGCGAGGGAGGAAGGGAGCCUGCACCUGGGCCGCGUGUGAAAGACGGAGCUGGCAAAUAUGAGUUGUUCGCAUUCAUCAGUCACAUGGGGACGAGCACAAUGUGCGGCCACUAUGUUUGUCACAUCAAGAAAGAUCAGCAGUGGGUCAUCUUCAACGAUCAGAAGGUUUGUGCUUCGGAAAAGCCCCCCAAGGACCUGGGGUACCUCUACUUCUACCGGAGAGUGGCCGAAUGAGACAUGGGAAUGUGUGUGACUCAGAGUGAGAGUGGCGCGCGUGGAUGGUAACACAAAGGCGGCUUUAAUAGUCACACCACAGAAAAGCUCUUUAGACAUGACUCAGCACAUUUCACACCUGAAGCGAUCUGUAAAUACAUCAGUCUCUUUUAAUCACAUGCAGAUUUCCACUCUGUGGGGAGGAUUUCGGUUUGAAUAGUCCCUGUUUACUGUUUAAAAAAAAAAAAAAAAAAACGCGAUUCAGCAAAUAAUAUCCGACGACACAGUAGCAACACACGGACUGCGAACGUCACCACAACUUGCUUUCUGAGCUCACCGUUUCCUUAUUUAGCCGUGCUGUGGACGCAUCUUGUCACCCCUGUCACUGCGCCCACACCUCCGCUUCAGGAAGUUUGUGUCUCUUUCUGUCGUUUAUUUAAAAAUACACAUGUCAACCAAUCAAGCAAACACAGUGCAGAGUGAUCAAAGAUAGUGAUGUUAAACCAAAACCUCGAGGUGCAUUACUCCCACGGUCGAAAAUCUCGCAUGCAGGUUCAUUGGGGACUCUAAAUCGUCCUCCAGUUGCCGUGUGCGUGAGAAUGCUUGUUGUACGUGUGUUGGACUGUCAGCUGGGAUCAGCUUCAGGACCACCCCACACCCCCCCAUCAUGUUCCAAAUAAUCUGAAACGUCAUGGUUGGAUGAAUGUUGAUCUUUGUUAUA